CGCGGACGGGCGGAGCCGCUCGCCGUCGCUGAGGGGAAUCGGCGCGUCGACAUUUUUCAGAGUUCAGCUGGAACUAAAGAUGGCUGAAGUUGGAGAGCAAGAGACACAGCUGUGUGACAACUGCAAAAGAGAGAUUCCGGUGCCAAACUUUACCAUUCAUGAGAUCCACUGUCGAAGAAACCUCGGCAUCUGUCAUAUCUGCAAGGAACCAAUCCCCAAAUCUGAGAUGAAGAACCACAUGGAGUUGGAACACACUCAGGUGACCUGUAAAUGUAACAUGAAGCUGGAAAAGUGGCAGUUAAAGAAUCAUGAGGACCUGGAGUGCCCUCUGCGCCUUGUUGUGUGCCAGCACUGUGAGCUGGAGCUGUCUUUCGUCAAACUGAAGGAUCACGAAGAUUACUGUGGGGCCCGGACAGAGCUGUGCGGUGGGUGUGGCCGCAACGUCAUGGUGAAAGAUCGCAAGGCUCAUCCGGAAGUGUGUGGGAAGGAGGACGAAGAGAAGAGAGAGGCCAGAUCCAGGCCCCACCCUGACUAUGAAAAUGAUGGGGCAAAUGAGGCUUGGUUUGUGUCCCAAACCAUCAAAAACCUGUUGGGACCCGACGACACCACAAGACCACUCCGGAGGCUCCCUCGGCCCUUGGAGGAUCGGUUUUGUAGCCAUCUUUCAGUAGACGAGUUCUUCAGGAGUGCAAACAGAAGAAAUGUGGACCAAAAUCUCGCAGAUGAGCAAGCGAGACUGGAAAGAAGUAAAACCAACCUGCCACCCCCAGUUUAUGGUGAUGAGAACUCACACUUGGACUACAUGCUGGCCCUGAGCCUCCAGAACGAGAGCGGCCUCCACAGCAGCAGUCUCAAUCCCGAGAUCGAGAACUUCUGGACUGCCCUGUAUCGCAAAGAUUCCUCCCCUUCCCGGGGCUUCAGCCGGGCCCAGGAUGACAGGGCUUACCCCUUUGACUCGGUUUUAUCUGUGGACAGUCCAAAUGAGAUGAAGGAUUACAAGACCAUGCUGCCCUGUGAGUUUUGUGAGGAGCUUUACCCUGAGGAAGAUUUGAUCCUCCACCAGACUGGUUGUAACCCGGCAAGCGUCCUGGCUUCAUUCCGUAAAAGGAGCUCCUCCCCAAGUCCCCAGCGAGACCACACAGGCCAUUUCCGGAGUUUCUUGGAGUUGCCGGCCACCCGGGCCCCAGGUAGCAGGUAUCGUUCGCUGUUGGAGCUGCCCGCUGGGCCCUUAGCGGAAGGCAGCAUCAUCAUCCCCUGUGAAUUCUGCGGUGUUCAGUUGGAAGAGGAGAUACUCUUCCAUCACCAGGACCAAUGUGACCUCCGCCCGGCCACUGGCACCCCAGCUGAGAGGCGGCUGCCCACUGACCCUUGGCUUCCCAAGCAGGACAACUUGCAGAAGGACACGUCCCCAGAGCUGACCCGGCGGCGGCUCAGACACCAGGGGGACCUUCCGUCAUGCUACUUAGAGGACGUCAAGCCGGACGGGACCAACAGGUCCUUGUAUCCCCUGCCCCCCAGCAGACCUCUGAGCAACCUAGCAGUCACACGAAACUACCUGCCAAAGCCUCUGGCUACCAGGGCCAGUGGGCCCUUGACGCCACCCCAAACCCCGAAGCCCAACCUCCUGGAGGCCCAGGACUUGAGGGGGCGGAGUCGGGGCCCCCUCAGUCCAGGCUUGGGCCUCAACUCAGGGGUCCGCACCCCGCGCGGCUUCUACCCUGAGAGCCUCAUGUCCGGCUUCCCGCGGCCUCCUCCGGUGAGACACGGACCGAGACAUCUGGAGUUCAGUCCCGUGUCCGGUCAUUGUAGCGCGAAGAACGACGGAGGAAGGACUCCGCGCCUCACCCCUGCGACAGCCAGCUUCCGAAACAGAACCACAAAGGCAAAGCCGCAGAAGCCAGGGACCAGUGAUUCCGAGCGAGAGGAGGAAUAACCCUGUGAAGCUGGGCCCUUCGAGCCGCUUUUUGUCUCUUACUAUGCACAACAGCACUUGCCCUGGUGUGGAUCCUGGCUCUUCACCCCCCUGGAGCAGAGACCCUUUCUGGAUUUUAAAUUUUCUAGGCAGGGGGGGCGCGUUUUUUAACUUUUUAAAUUGUGAUGU